AUGCAUGAUCGACUUGGAGCUGUCCAAGUUAUUAAAGACAGUGCCAAUGUUCCUGCUGAAGUGGAACCUCCCAAAAGGCUUAGAAGCAUGAUUCCUUCUCGGAUGAGACGAGAAACAUAUAUUCAUGUUUCAUGCGGUGAAGUGUUGAAAGUCCAACCGAAGACCAUUGUACACACUCGUGUACAUAAAGAAGAAAAUGAGGAAAGCGUAGGCUCAAGUGAUGACGUACUACCAACUACUCAGGAAGAGGUGGCAUCGUCGUUCCAUAUCACGUUAUGUGAUGAAACCCCGAUUGAGGGGGAAGAUGCAGAAGAUGCACCCCAUGAGUUAGAAGAAGGGGAGAUGCCAGGGUUAGACCCAAAGGUAGCUGUGCACCACUUAGCAGUGAAGAACGGGUGUCGCCCGGUUAAGCAAGCUCAACGACGCUUCUGCCCCGAGCUCAUUCCCUUGAUUGAAAUAGAAGUUAAUAAGCUUAUUGAGGCUGGCUUCAUUCGUGAAGUUAAAUAUCCAACCUGGAUAUCCAGUAUUGUUCCCAUGCGCAAGAAGAACGGCCAGAUCCGCGUCUGCCCGCCUGUGCUAACCGCUCCUGCCCAUGGUCGCCCGCUCAUCCUUUAUAUCUCCGCCCAAGAUUGUUCUGUGGGCGCCUUGCUUGCUCAAGAAAAUGACAAAGGGAAGGAGAAUGCUCUCUACUAUCUCAGCAGAAUGAUGACCCCGAACGAGUUAAAGUACUCCCCAAUUGAAAAGCUAUGUUUGGCACUCGUGUUCUCCAUAAAAAAACUUAAGCACUACUUCGAGGCUCAUACCAUCCGGCUUGUUUCCAAAGCGAACCCGGUGAAAUAUGUUAUGGCGAAGGUCGUUCUCUCCGACCGCCUCGCAAGGUGGUACUUAUUGUUUCAACAGUUUGAAAUUGUAUAUGUGCCGCAAAAGUCUGUCAAGGGGCAAGCCUUGGCCGAUUUCCUAGCAGACCACCCAAUACCUGCUGAAUGGGAGUUGUCUAACAAUUUGCCUGAUGAAGAUGUGCUUGUCAUUGAAGUCCUACCCCCAUGGAAAAUGUACUUUGAUGGAGCUUCGCAUAGAGAAGGGGCAGGUGCUGGAGUUGUCUUCGUCACUCCAGAAGGCGAGGUGUUGCCAUAUUCAUUCACCUUGACCGAGCAAUGUUCAAACAACGUUGCUGAGUAUCAAGCAUUGAUACUUGGGCUCGAGAUAGCGGCUGACAUGAAGCAACUGAGAAUUAACAUUUAUGGAGAUUCAAAGUUGAUCAUAAACCAAGUGUUGGGUCUAUAUGAAGUGAAAAAGGCGGAGUUAGUCCCAUAUAACAACUAUGCAAAGAUACUCAUGCAAUGGUUAGGGGACGUCACAAUUGAACAUGUACCAAGGAAAGAAAACAAGCAAGCUGACACCUUAGCCGCAUUGGCUUCAACUAUUGCUCAUCCUGCAGCCCGAAUACAAGUAUGUCAAAGGUGGGUGGUUCCACCAAUCUUUAAUGAAGACGGCUCAGUUGAUGAAAUCGUUGAACUCCCUACUGCCUCAGUGUAUGAUAUAGGCAAAGACGACUGGAGGCAACCGUUAAUUGACUACCUCACUGAUGGAAAGUUACCUGAAGAUCCCCGUAAAAGGGUGGAUAUAAAGCGUCGAACUCCUCGCUUCAUCUACUAUAAAGAGACAUUGUAUCGUCGUUCCUUUGAUGGAAUAUUUCUCCGAUGUCUAGGGGAAGAGGAAGCUUUACAAGCUAUGCAAGAAGCUCAUUCUGGGGUUUGCGGUGCACAUCAAUCCGGUCCCAAGUUGCAUUUCCACAUUAAGCGAAUGGGAUAUUAUUGGCCUGCAAUGGUAAAGGAUUGCAUAGACUAUGCUCGAAGAUGCCAAGCUUGUCAAUAUCAUGCAAAAUUUAUCCAUCAACCACCAGAACCUCUGCACCCAACAGUUGCAUCUUGGCCAUUUGAUGCUUGGGGACUUGAUGUGGUUGGCCCAAUUACGCCUAAGUCAUCUGCAGGGCAUGCCUACAUAUUAGCUUCCACCGAUUACUUUUCAAAGUGGGCGGAAGCCGUGGCAUUGAAGGAGAAAGUGGUCUCAAAAUCGAAAAGAGACUGGCAUGACAGAAUGGAAGAAGCUUUGUGGGCGUAUAGAACCACAUACCGUACACCUACUCAAAGCACUCCAUACUCUUUGGUGUAUGGUGUAGAAGCGGUCCUGCCUCUAGAACGUCAAAUACCUUCCUUAAGGUUGGCUAUACAGGAGGGUCUUACUGAUGAAGAAAAUGCUAAGCUACGCUUGGCUGAGUUAGAAGCCUUGGAUGAGAAACGGCUGCAAGCGCAACAAAGCCUGGAGCCCAUCAUCGUCACGAGAAAAACUGGUCACAAGUUCACUUCAAGGUGGGAUGGUCCCUACGUGAUUCUAGAAGUUUACACCGGUGGGGCUUACAAGUUGAUUAGUGAAGAUGGUUUGAAGAUCGGUCCAAUCAAUGGAAGGUUCCUAAAGCUUUACCACCCUUAA